AUGGUGGGUUUGCUGAAGAAGACCACCGGCCUUGUGGGAUUGGCUGUAUGUGAGAGUCCACACGAGAGGCUAAGAAUAUUGUACACGAAGAUUUUUGAUGUUCUUGAGCAAAUUCCUAAAAACGCAGCAUACAGAAAGUAUACAGAACAGAUUACAAAUAAGAAGCUGAGUAUGGUUAAAGUGGAACCAGAUGUUAAGAAAUUAAAAGACCAACUUCAGGGUGGCCAACUAGAAGAGGUGAUUCUUCAGGCUGAAAAUGAAUGAAGUCUGGCAAGAAAAAUAAUACAGUGAAAACCAUGGGAGCCUUUAGUGGAAGAGCCUCCUGCCAACCAAUGGAAAUGGCCAAUAUAAUCAUCAUUAAAUGACUAGUAUGUUGAUGGGAAAUGGAUGUAAUUAAAUGUUCUGUUAAAUUAAAAAAUAUUUCCAUAUUAUUGACAUCUUACAAUCAAGAAAACUAA